GAACGGUCACACUUGCUAGCAAGCCUCGGAAAAAGGAAAACCCAGUCGAGGGCACAGGACGAAAAGGACCCAAGGACCAACGGAUUUGGCCAGGAUGAACGGACUGGCGCCCAGCAAGCACUACAAUUUGACGCACUACCAGCAGCGUUACAACUGGGACUGCGGACUAUCCUGCAUCAUCAUGAUCCUGUCGGCGCAGCAGCGGGAGCAGCUCCUUGGGAACUUUGAGGCUGUCUGCGGCGAGGAGGGAUUCGGGUCCAGCACCUGGACCAUAGACCUGUGCUACCUGCUGAUGCGCUACCAGGUGCGCCACGAGUACUUCACCCAAACGCUCGGCAUCGAUCCGAAUUACGCCCAGCACACCUACUAUUCCAAGAUCAUUGACAAGGACGAACGACGGGUGACGCGCAAGUUCAAGGACGCCCGGGCACAUGGACUGCGCGUGGAACAGCGCACCGUCGACAUGGAGGUCAUCCUGCGGCAUCUGGCCCGCCACGGACCCGUCAUCCUGCUGACCAAUGCCUCGUUGCUCACCUGCGAGGUGUGCAAACGCAAUGUCCUAGAGAAAUUCGGCUGUUUUUAUAUACCUUGCAUCGCUCGAAACACACGACAAUUGGGUGCAAAAAGGUAUGCCGGUCACUAUGUGGUGCUCUGUGGAUACGACAUGGCCGCCAAGAAGCUUUUCUACCACAAUCCCGAGGUGCACGAUGGCCACAUCUGCCGUUGCCUCAUCGAGUCCAUGGACACGGCACGUCGCGCUUACGGCACCGAUGAGGACAUCAUCUUCAUCUACGAGCAGAAAACCACCCCAGCCAGGGAGUGAAAGGAUUAGAAUGCGGAUAAGGAGCUCGGAAGAGGAACAGGAGUACCUGCAGUUGCCAGGUUGCCAGGUUAUAGGAAACGGAGGAUUGGAAUCUGCGCUUGUGAUAUUAGAACCUUAAAGGGAGACAUUUAGAAGGGAUAUGAAGGUUUAAAGAAGGAGCUGCUUGGUUAACUUUGGCACAACAGUGUACUUUAUUUAGGUAUUGCUAGCAGUUGGUCCCCAUAAAAAACAACACUUACAAAAUGUUUAUGCAAACACCAGCCAGGCAGCUGUCUACAUUUAUAGUUAUAGACCGGGUCGACUUACGCUCCAAGAAAAUUGUAAACGGCAAGUAAUCCAAGGGUAUUUCCUGUUUACGUUCCCAUAUAAUUUAUAUACUUUACAUAUAUAAUUAUUAAGUUGCGACAUUCCAUAUUCAAUUAAAAAGCGAGUUCUUUUUGAAUGUAAUAUUUAAAAUACUCGUAAAGAGUAAGAAUGGUUAAGCCAACCUUAGGAUGUCCUAAAAUGUAGUUGACCAGCUUGUCUUUUUUGAUAAGAACUUCAUGUAAUGUUUUUUAAAGUUAUCGUUGGAAACGCAAUUGAGCUUCCUUUUUUUAAAUCCUCGUGUUUUUGGUCACUUAGGUGACCUUGAUGUUAUUUAUUUGCAAAUCAUUGUUGAAGAGGACUUUUUAUCUCUUUCCAUAGUUCCUUGUUUUUUAAAUUCUUUUUGAUUUUGUAAUGUUAUCUUGUAUCUCCAUCUCUUAUUCCUUUAGUUUAUUAUAAAUAUUAAAAAGCAUUACUUAUUUGAGCGUCCUUGGAUUUAAGAUGCCAUCUGUCAUUCGUUUUCGCUAGGCGGAAAAAAGCAAACAACUACAUCGUUAAAAAACAUGAAGGAUUACCAAUGGAAACAACUGGUAGCAGGACAGAAACUUGCAUAGAAAAUCUUCGCCUAUAAGAGAUGUAACGUAAUGUUAUUUAAAAAACAUGAUUCUUGUUAUAAAAACAACUGAAAUAUAAUUUCAGGAAAUGUUCAAUUUAGGGAACAAAACUGGAACUGCCCCCAACUUACUUUCGGUAUUCUGCCAUCUAGUCAUUUCCGUAUAUGAUUGCAUUUCUUUAGAUCGACCCACUCAAACACAUUCCAAUGCGAUAAUGAAUAAAUACGUUGGCUGUAUGUAGUAAAUAUAAAAGAUUAUUGUUCCGAAUCAGA